GGUGAGGGAAGCUGCGCUCCGAGGGGCGCAGCAGCGGCAGUGGACCCAGCAUGGGUGGCCUGUGCUCCUCUUCCUCGUCUCUCCGCUGAUCCCUCCUUGCUCCCCGUCCGCCCGGCCAUGGCAAGCACCUCCCGGGACCCGGACAUCCUCGACGAGGCCGUGAGGGGCACCUGCGACGACGCCUCCCUCUGCAAGCGAUAUGCAGUCAACAUUGGCUACUGGAAGGACCCUUACAUUGCUUAUUUUGUGAGGCAGCCCAAAGAAAGGAAGGCGCCUGAAAUCAGUCGUGGAUAUUAUGCCCGAGUCCAGGGAGUUGGCCGUUUACUUAAGGCUUUCUUGCAGAAGACUGGAUGCAACUGCCAAAUUCUAAACCUUGGCGCUGGCAUGGACACCCUGUUCUGGAAAUUAAAGGAUGAGAAUUUGCUUCCGAGAAAAUACUUUGAAGUUGAUUUUCCAUCUAUAGUCACAAGGAAAAUCCACAACAUCAAAUCAAAACCUUCCUUGUCAAAACCAAUUAUGGAAAGCCAUUCAGGGGAGUCUCUCCUAAUAGAUGCUCACAGCCUGGACUCCAGCAGAUACGCCAUCAUUGGUGCAGAUCUCCGAGACCUGCCAAAGCUAGAGGACAAACUGAAGAAGUGCAACAUGGAUCCACAUUUGCCGACUCUCCUUGUGACAGAAUGCGUCCUGAUCUACAUGACGCGAGAGCAUUCUGCAAGCCUCCUCAGGUGGCUGGCUGGCUUGUUCCAGACUGCCAUGUUCAUUAACUAUGAGCAGGUGAAUAUGUCUGAUCGCUUUGGGCAGAUCAUGAUUGACAACUUGCAGAGCAGACAAUGCAACCUGGUUGGUGUGGAUGACUGCAGAUCUCUGGAUACCCAGAAGGAACGGUUCCUGCUAAAUGGCUGGGAAACAGCAAAUGCUGUAGACAUGAUGAAAGCCUACAACUGCUUGCCAAAAGACGAUGUCAAAAGGAUAGAAGCACUUGAGUUCCUUGACGAGAAGGAACUACUCGAACAACUCAUGCAGCAUUACUGUCUGUGUUGGGCCACCAAGGACUCCGGCAACCUGGGUCUUGCAGAGAUUGCUCUGUGAUGCAUUUGCUCCAGUGGAGCUCGAGGUAGAUCUGCUGCCUCCUCCUGGUGUCUCUGCAUGCAUCGCCGGUGUCUUCAAGGGAACAGGAGCUGCAGAGCAUUGGGCAGGGACGGUCCUUCCCUCCACCCACCUUGGGCCACCUUGCAACAUCAUUUUGAAUAAACCUUAACCCUUUUGCGAUCAGAA